AGGACAGACACAUGUUGACUCUAACGCGUCUACUGGACUUCAACGGGCUGUUGGAGAAUUAUUUCAAAUAAUCUGUACCGUAAUAUUAUACUAAGGUGCGUUAAUAACACAAAAGCACCAUAAUCAUAAGUAUCGAUUCGAAACAACAGCAAAUCCAUCAACAUUUGACGUCAUACUUGUUUCAAAAUGUCGGACCCCGCCGCAGCCAGGGUGCACGAUUCAAAUACGUUGUUUCUGAUUGAACUUCGACAAAAAUGCUUAAAAAACGCAAAACCAGUAAACGUGACACAGAAAUUCUGUCCAAGGUAUUUCGAUGGUUAUGCAUGCUGGGAAGAAACAUUACCUAAUGUUACUGCUUUUGCCCCAUGCCCGAAUUACGUGGUGGGAUUUGAUCCGUACAGAACGGCGUUCAAGAACUGUCUGUCAGAUGGCACGUGGUACCGACAUCCGGAUACCGGAAUACAGUGGGCAAAUUACACCAGCUGCGUGGACGUUGAUGACUAUGAGUUUCGGGAUCUAAUAAACUCGCUGUACAUCUUUGGCUACUCAGUCUCGCUGGCCGCUCUGCUCACGUCGUUGCUGAUUUUCUUCACGUUCAAGACUCUGAGGUGCACUAGGAUCGCUAUACAUGUGCAUUUAUUCAUAUCCUUGGCAUUGAACAAUCUCACAUGGAUCAUUUGGUACAAAACGGUAGUACAAGACCUGUCGGUUCUCCAACAAAACGGGAUAUAUUGCCGGUCUCUGCACGUGGCUCUGCAAUUUUUCAUGGUGGCCAAUUACAUGUGGAUGUUCUGCGAAGGACUGCACUUGCACAUGGCCUUGGUUGUGGUGUUCGUCAACGAUGUGUAUGCGAUGCGGUGGUUCUACGCUAUCGGCUGGGGUGCACCCGCCGUACUUACCAUCGUGUAUGUUUCUUGGAGGAGUAAUUCUGAAGACACCACACAGUGUUGGAUGCACGAGAGCCACUGCCAGUGGGUGUUGACCGUACCGGUUUUCGCCUCCAUACUGACCAGCUUACUGUUCCUGAUGAACGUCAUGCGAGUGCUGCUGACCAAACUGCACCGAAAUUCGACAAACCCGGCUCCAAUCGGCGUCCGCAAGGCGGUCAGAGCAGCUUUGAUCCUGGUGCCCUUGUUUGGCAUACACUACAUUCUCAUACCGUAUCGUCCCAAGCACAAGACCACCGUGGAAACAAUUUAUCAAAUAUUUUCAGUAAUACUUGUGUCGACCCAGGUGAGUGAGAUGAGUGCAGUUGAGAGCACGUCUGUAAAUGUUAAACACUACCGUCAAUAUCUUUGCAACAAUAUUAUGUUGUACAUUUUAUUCAAAUGUAAUACCAAUCUAUGUACCAGGUACACGAGUAUGGAUAUGACACGCAAAACGUUUAGUAGCGUUUGAAAUCACUGGCUUUAUUUGUGUUCUUGAAUUCGGGCAAAAAAUCGCUGAAGAAAAGAUUUUACGGACACGAAUACUGUGAACCCGCGAAAUUCGAAACUUAUCCAUACUCGUAUUAUAUCUAUAGUAUCUCUAGUAUUGAAUACUACUCGUGUGCGCGAUGUUGGGUAAAAAACUCUACGAUUAACCACCAAAGAUUACAAUAAUUGUUGUUAUUUUAAAUUAUUAUGAAUUUGAAACUUUUAAAUUACAAUAAAAUAUAAUAUACAUUAUUACAUAUUUAAUUGGAUUUGUCAAUAGUAAUAAUAGAGAAAUGU